AAAAGCGAUCAGAGAGACACAGACACUAGUGAGAAAAUCAAAAAGAGAAGAAGAAUCUGAGAAAUGGGAUCGCCACCGAAGAAGACGGCUCUGCAACGGUACUUGUCACAACUUCAGCAACAUCCGUUAAGAACAAAGGCAAUUACUGCUGGAGUAAUGUCCGGUGUUGGUGAUGUUGUUUCACAGAAACUCUCUGGCAUACAGAAGAUUCAGCUGAGAAGGGUUCUUCUCAAAGUGAUAUUUGCUGGUGGUUUUAUUGCACCGGCGGGGCAUUUCUUUCAUACAACUCUAGAUAAGUUUUUCCAAGGGAAAAAGGACACAAAGACUGUUGCUAAGAAGGUAGUCGUGGAACAGCUGACACUGUCACCAUUGAACCAUUUACUUUUCAUGAUAUACUAUGGAGUAGUCAUCGAAAGAACUCCCUGGAAUCUUGUUAGAGACAGGAUCAAGAAAACUUACCCGACUGUCCAGCUUACAGCAUGGACGUUUUUCCCGAUCGUGGGAUGGAUAAACUUCAAGUAUGUGCCACUGCAUUUCCGGGUCAUCUUGCACAGCCUCGUCGCAUUCUUUUGGGGAAUUUUCCUGACCCUGCGAGCGAGGUCAAUGACACUGGCUUUAGCGAAGGCUAAGUGAUUAGGGAGACACAUCGAUCGAGAGAGAACUCAAUCAUUGAGACUCGUUAUAAUCUUAGUACUCUGUAAGUUAAAUAAAUUAAAGAGCUGCAACCAAAUAAAAAUCUGUAUUAUGAUGAUACCAUUCUAGGAUAGCAAUGUUUUUAAAUUAUUACAACCAUUUAAGAUUUUAUCUAAAACACAUUCACAAACAUCAUAUAAAAAAG